UUCAGGCGGUUCACGUACGGUCACACUAAAAUAAGCGCCGGCAAAUGAAGACAAACUGCGCAUUUUAUUUAAUAGUAUUUGACCGAAUUUGCUAGUGAUUUAAGUGUUAAAACCUUAAAUGUCUACUACAAAUGACGAAAGUUCCCCGCUCAGGGGGAAAACUAGUUCCGAAACAAAAGAUUUGGUCGUUCAACAAGUAUCCACGGACACUGAUAUGGAACUCGAACACCCGGGCUCAAAUGAGGAAAACAAUGCUCGACAGGAAUUCACACGAAAUACGGAUAGCGUAGACACAAUAUUAAAUACAAGUUCUCGACAGGACUUCACACGAAAUACUGACAGCGUAGACACAAUAUUAAAUACAAGUUUAGAUAUGGUAGAGACCGUGAUAGAUGACAAUGAUAGCGCAGAUACUGUUCCCUUUAUUCCGCCGCCAGACUCGGAUGUGGAAAUGGUCUCUGCGAAGUCGGAAGUCAUAUCAGAGUCAGAGCCGGAGAAGGUUGCCGUAAGAAAGGAGCGCCGCAAGAAGACCAAGGAGCGACCUGCUCCACCGGAAGCUCCUCCUCAGAAACUCAACUGGAAGUGGAACCUGCGCAUUCUGAUCUCCAAUCUGUACAUGAAGAGCGAGGACCGCCUGCCGGGAGCUUGUGUCCCCAAGUGUCUUCAUAAUACCAGUCAGUGUACGGACAAGCAUCGCUGCUCCAUGCUCCCGGAUGCUCCCAACUUCACGGCCGUGCAGGCCUUACGAACCACGCUGCAUGGCCAGCACUACGAUACUUUUCUUGACAUCCUGGAGAUGAUGGUGCUGCAGUGCGUCUACCCCGGUGAAGGCGUCUUUGAUAGACUUAUUGACAUGGCCAUGAUCCUGAUUGCUAAGGAGAUGAGCGUCAAGGAGCUGGGCGACACCUACAACAAGCUGAUACGCACCUUUUUUCUGCUGGUCGACGCCUUUCCUCCCUGCUGGACCGCCUUGCGUCCAUACUACUUAAACUUCCUGGGCGUGAAGAAUCCCGCCUCGCGUGAAACGCGUUCCAAUGAUUCUCCCCAGAAGCUGCAGUUCUAUCUGGAUCUCCUAGAGGAGAACCUUCCCCAGUGCAGCGAUGAUGAUAUACGUGAAAACACCAAGUUUUACGAGAAGUUUGUGUUUAACUUUUCAGAAGAGGAGGAUGCCAAUAUGUCGCAGGAAACUGUCUUUUUGCGGCAUGUUCAGGAGUACGACUGGCUGAGUGGCAAGCUCUGUCUGGACGACUUCAAGAGAAUGUCACCCGCAGUCCGUCUGGCACGGCUUUGUGAUGUCCUAAACAUGCUGACCUGGGUGCUGGAAAUGGAGUUCCUCUCCUGGCUGGAUCACAACAGGCUGCGUCAAUCGGAGUCUGAGUUGUUCCAAGAGGACUCAAAGCCAUUUGCCUCUAUUGUAUUCGGAAUGUCAGUUAGCACGCGACUCACGGACAUUGUUAAACAAGUCAUGAAGCUUUUCGGACAGGCAGCAGCCAAAUCCAUGUACCCAGAACGCCAGAGAAUUCUCCAGCGCCUUAUAUCACUGAUUGUAGAGGUCAGCAACACGGCAGAGCUAAAGUACGUGGACAAUGCAGUGAUCUAUCCGAAUCUCGGCCCCCAAACCCGUGUCCUCAUCGACGACUUCUUUAAGAUCUUCAAAUCGCAGAAUCCCAGGCACAUCAGCACCUACAUAAAAACCAUUCCGCAGUUGGAUCAGCCGUAUCUGCGCUUCGAAUUUACGGAUCACUUCCUCCAGUUGUUUUACUUGUCCAAAAAGCUUCCUUUUGGACCGGAGAAGGUGGUCGAAGAGUUUACGACCCGUCAGUGGGUAAAUUACAAACCAAAGAUCGAGAUCGAAGGGAACGACGAUGAGCAGUUGUCCCGCGAGGAUUACCUGGCAUUGCUACUCAGCGCAUUGAAGGACUAUGAUAAGUGGCUGAAUCUCGGUGGCUUUUGGAAGUAUCUGAAAAGCAAGGAGCACAUUCAGCCGUUGCAGACGAGAACCAGUAGUCCGCUGGCCACACCAGUGGGCGUGAUAUCCGGCGACACCGGUAAGGUGUUCAUGUUAGACGAGAUGGAGGAGGAGGUGCACACCUGGAAGAAGCGUAUGAACACCAAAGUAAUAAUUGCCCGACCCAAGGUGAAUCUCCCGGUGGCCAGGAUCAAUGUGGCCAAGAUGUGCUUGCGAUACGGCGAGGAUGUGCGACAGAUGCGCUUCCUGCGACGACUGCUGCAAAAAACAGUCCAGGAAGAGGUCGACGUUUCGGAAUGGUUGAUCUAUCUGAACGAGUUCCUGGGCGACGACGAGCCCAUGUCGCAACCGGACUCGGCAUCUGCCACCGAAUCGGAUGAGCCCUGAGUUACCUAACUCUAUUACACUAGAUCCUAAGCUCAAGUAUGUUUUUUAGGCCUAUAAUACCAAAAGUUCAAUUAAUUUUUAGUUAUUCUAAGCUGAUUGAAAACGCUUAGCGAUUUUUUUGUAUUAUGCUAACACAUUUUUACCGAAAAGGGUCAAAUAAGAAUGCAUUUGAUUCAUUGCCAUUUGUCAUAGUUUUCGUUUGUGUAUUUCUCCAUUGCAAAUAUAUAUUUAUGCUGUAACUAAAUACACAAUUACGUACACAUUUACAUAUAAAUACAGCUACUGCGCAUGUACA